AUGGGUAAGAAGCAGCAGAAGAAGACGGCCAAGGGUCGUCUCGACAAGUUCUACUGGCUUGCCAAGGAACAGGGCUACCGUUCGCGUGCCGCCUUCAAGCUCGUCCAACUCAACAAAAAGUACAACUUCCUCGAAAAGGCACGAUGCUGUAUCGAUCUCUGUGCCGCUCCAGGUGGUUGGCUCCAAGUCGCCAGCAAGUUCAUGCCCGCCAACUCGCUCAUCGUCGGUGUUGAUCUCGUCCCCAUCAAACCCAUCCCAAGAACCAUCACUUUUGCCGAAGACAUCAAUUCGUACAAGUGCAGAGACCAGCUUCGCCAGAUCCUCAAAGACUGGAAGGCUGAUAUCGUCAUCCAUGACGGUGCGCCCAAUGUCGGUACCGCUUGGGUACAAGAUGCCUACGCUCAAUCCGAGCUCACCCUCCAGUCGCUCCGUCUCGCCGUCGAGUUCCUCAACGCAGGCGGUACAUUCGUCACCAAGGUCUUCCGUUCCAAAGACUACAACAACCUGCUGUGGGUUUUCAACCAGCUCUUCAAGAAGGUCGAGGCAACCAAGCCCUCGUCAUCACGUAACGUCUCGGCAGAGAUCUUCGUCGUCUGCCAAGGCUACAAGAACCCUGCUCGUAUCGACCCAAAGUUCCUCGACCCUCGCCAUGUUUUCAAGGAGCUCGACCCCGCUGCUCUGGCCACGGACGACCAGCAAGCCGGCGUACCUCUCAGUCUCAAAGGUACAUCAGCCGGUAACGCACACGCCAACGUCUUUGAACCCAAAAAGGUCCGCAGGAACCGUGAAGGUUAUGCCGAUGGAGAUUAUACCCUCUUCCACUCCCUCGACGCCAUGGAUUUCAUCAAAGGUCAGGACGUCAUUGGCAUGCUCGGCUCGUACAACGAGAUCUCGUUCAAAUCGGACGAGAGCAAGAAGCUGCUCGACCUCGCCGAUACCACCGACGAGAUGCGCGAGAACUGCUCUGAUCUCAAAGUACUCGGCAAGAAGGACUUCCGCAAUCUCAUGAACUGGCGCAAAGAGGUGCGUCUCGCACUCGGCCUCGACGUGCCCAAGUCCAAACACAAGGAUCUCGCAGAGCAGACCGAGACCGUCGAAGUAGAAGAGAUGGACGAAGAUGACCAGAUCGAUGACGAGCUCGUAAGGCUCAACGAAGAGGCAGCCAGGAAAGCACGCAAGGAGAGACGUCGCAAGAACGAGCUUCGUCAGAAGAAAAUCCUCAAGAUGCAGCUGCAGAUGACCACGCCCAUGGAUAUCGGCAUGGAUGUCAUGGACGACCAACUCGGCUCUGGCAACGGCGACAUGUUUGAGAUCGGCUCCGGAGAAAGAGUUUCCAAGAAGGCGCUUAUCGAACAAGCCGACGUCUCGGAUGACGAGAGCGAGACCAUUGUCAGUUCGCACGGCACCGACGACGACGACCCCGAAACACGCGCCAGACGUCUGGAUGCCGAGAUGGAUGCUCUCUACGACGAGUACAAGCAGAAGCAGUCGGACCGCGACGCCAAGUUCCGUGCCAGGGAAGCACGCCUCAAAGACGCCAAGAACGACUCGUGGCACGGCAUCAAGGACGAUGAGGAAGAGGACGAGGACGACGAAGCCAACAUGAGCGACGAGAGCGAGGGUGGCUACGACCUCGUCCAAAAGCGAAAGGAGCAGGAAGAAACCUUUGACACGGACGACGAGGAGGACGAGGAAGACGAACGCCUUGAGCGACAAGCAACACAACAGUCCAAGAAAAGGAAGCGUGACCUUGUCAGCGCCGCAUCCGAUUCGCUCGAGACGACCGCCAAGCCAUUGAAACGCUCGCUCGUCAACACCCUCGUCAGCGACGCUGCCGUCAGCGCAGAGCAGAGCCGUGAAGCAUCUAUCUGGUUCGACAAUCCUCUCUUCAAGGAGCUCGAGCUCCAAGGCGUAGAAGAGCAAGACGAGGAGGAUGAGGAUGAGGACGCCUGGGAAGAGGAGGACGAGGAGGAGGACGACGAGGGGGAAGAGAACGAAGAAGAGGACGAAGAGGACGCGGACGAGGACGAAGACGACGACUUUGAGGUGGUCCCGCAAGACCAAGAGGAGGAUGCCAUCCCGGACGAAGAGUGGGACCUGGACGGCGAGGACGUGGAAGCAGGCAAGCAGAAGCGCAUCAAGGAUCACGGUCUCGCUACCGCCGAAGCUGUCGCCCUCGCCCAAGCGCUCGUCAACCGUCAGAUCACAAAGGAGGACCUCAUGGACCAAGGAUUCUCCAAGCACAACUUUGUUGACAAGGACGGCCUGCCCACCUGGUUCCUCGACGACGAGCAAAAGCACUACAAGGCCAACAUCCCCAUCACCAAGGAAGCCGUGCAAGCGCUGCGCGAACGUCAACGGGCUCUCGACGCUCGACCCAUUAAGAAGGUCGCCGAGGCCAAGGCGCGAAAGAAGAUGCGCACUCUCCGUCGUCUCGAAAAGGCUCAACAGAAGGCCGAGACGAUCAACGAGAACGAGGACAUCUCGGAAAAGGAGAAAUCCAACACGAUCAACAAGCUGCUCGCCAAGUCAGUCAAGGGCGGUCAGAAGAAGAAGGAGGUGCAGCUCGUCGUCGCCAAGGGCGUCAACCGUGGUCUCAAGGGUCGACCAAAGGGCACCAAGGGUCGUUACAAGAUGGUCGAUCCACGCAUGAAGAAGGAGCUCCGCGCCAACAAGCGCAAAGCCAAACGCGAUGGAAAGAAGAUUGGCUCGUCCAAUUCCAAGCCUCGUGUUCCCAAGGGCUAUGGUCCUCGCAACUGA